AUGUUCGACUGGGACCAGGCGCGCAAUCAACCGGCCGAUCGUUGGACACGUUAUGAAUUGAACCAUUCGGUUGUUGAGUUUAUUGCUCCGACCGAGUAUAUGGUCCGCCCUCCUGCACCGCCUGUGUACACGUUUCUGAUCGACGUCUCUCACAGCGCGGUUCAGUCAGGGAUGGUGGCGACAGCAGCAAGAGCGAUACUCGAGUCACUGGAUAGGAUACCUAAUGCAGAUGAUAGGACCAAGGUUGCGUUCAUUGGAUUCGAUUCCUCGUUGCACUUUUUCAGCGUUGUGCCCGAAUCCACCGAUAUCACCCAAUUGGUUGUAUCUGACUUGGAAGAUGUGUUUUUACCCAAACCGACAGACCUUCUGGUCAACCUCACCGAGGCACGAGCCGGAAUUGAAGCUUUACUCGGAAAGCUCAAUGACAUGUUCCAAGAUUCACACGCAAUCGGUAGUGCAUUGGGACCUGCAUUGCAAGCGGCAUAUAAACUUAUUCUCGUUUAUGUAGCACGUUAUCGGGGGAAAGGUGGUUGUCAUGUCCUCAUCACUUCCAACGCUGGAGAAGGUGCUCUGAAACCUCGAGAGGAUCCAAAACUUUUGGGAACGGCCAGGGAGUCUACUCUGCUUCAGCCAGCCUCGGCAUUCUACAAGAGCUUUUCCAUCGAUUGUUCUCGAGCCAAUAUCUCCGUCGAUAUGUUCUUGUUUAGCGCAUCGUAUACGGAUGUUGCUUCCCUUAGUGAGUGCACUCCCUCACUAUACUUCUGGUCAACAUACUUUUAUCCUGCAUUCAAUGCAAGCAGGGCUGAAGACGCGAUUAAAUUUGCUCAUGAAUUCGGCCAAGUUAUUGGAAAUCCGAUUGGCUUAGAGGGCCUGGUGCGCAUCCGGGCAUCUCGUGGUUUGCGGAUGUCGCAGUUCCAUGGCAACUUUUUCGUGCGUUCUACCGACCUUUUGGCUUUUCCAGCCAUUCCGAUGGACCAAAGCUAUACAGUCGAAGUCCAGAUCGAAGAAAACCUUACUACGCCAUUCGUGGUCAUGCAGGCUGGUAUUCUAUAUACCACUUCAUUUGGGGAGCGAAGAGUUCGCGUUGUGACUCUUGCACUUCCAACUACAUCAAACGCAUCCGAGUUGUAUGCGUCAGCGGACCAAGUUGCUAUCGCUACCUACCUUGCUCAUAAAGCGGUUGAACGUGGGGUGUCCUCCAAACUCGAAGAUGCCCGCGAUGCUGUGACGAACAAACUCGUUGAUAUUCUUGGUACAUACAAGAGCAUGAUGACUUCUGCCGGGAGCGGAGCGAGUGCGCAACUCGCUGUGGCUGAGAAUCUCAAGUUCUUGCCAAUGUUGUGUCUUGGAUUGCUGAAACAUGUUGGCCUCAGACACAGUUCUCAGAUUCCCCCUGACUUGCGCGCAUACGCACAGGUGCUCUUGACAACACUGCCGCCACAGCAGUUGAUUCCAUAUAUCCACCCUAUGUUCCGCUCCUUGCAUAACAUGCCGCCCGAGUGCGGGACGGUAGGCGAGCAAGGGAUUAUCAUGCCUCCUGCCAUGAGCCUCACUAGCGAGCGUUUCGAGCGACACGGUCUCUACUUGAUCGAAGAUGGUCAGAACAUGUUCCUCUGGGUCGGUCGCGAUGCAGUGCCUCAGCUCGUCAUGGACGUCUUCGACCUGUCUAACUACGAAGCCCUACGAGGCGGCAAGCAAACCCUGCCGACACUGGACAACGAGUUCUCUCAGCGGAUCAACGCCGUGGUCGCCAAGACUCGUGUGCUUAGACGGGGACCGUACUGGCCGCACCUAUACGUGGUGAAGGAGGAUGGAGAGCCUGCGCUGAGGAUGUGGGCACUGAGCAUGUUGAUCCAAGACCGCAUGGACCAGACUCCGAGCUACGCUCAGUACAUAUCUGCAGUUAAGGAUAAGGUUAACGGUACCAGCUAUGGUUGA